UUAAAACAGAAAAAACAAGUCGCAACGGUGUUCGUCUUCGUGUUACAUUUGAGAAAAAUGUUGUUAUUGCUGGAAAUAAUGUUUUCUUCCAUGUUGAUUUAAUUAAUCCAAAAGACAGAUUGAUACGCCAUGUAUCGCUUGUUCUUACUCAAUAUGUUGAAUGCGAUUCUCGAGAAAAAACUUUUAAUAUCAUCAAACAAGAUUUAGAUCAUAUUAAAUCACUGAAGCAUAAGAGUAUUAAUAGAAACUUUCAAAUACAUAUACCAUCAACAACUCCAGUGACAUUUAAUUUUGGUAAUUCGAUUGCUAACUAUUAUAAACUUCAUUUUGAAGUUCAUCUUCGUGGAAUAUUAACCAAUAUUAAACUUGAAGUUCCUAUUAUUGUCAUGGAUUUAAUACCAGAAACAAACGAUAAUGAGGAUGAUCAGUAA